AUGAGAGAUCUUUUUAUUAUCGCCCCAUAUGUAAUUACAGUCGUUGCCAUAAUUGCCGGAUCCGAGCAAGGUUCUUAUGUCAAUCCAAAUCCAAGGUUAUUUGAAAAUUGUGAUGUACAAGAUUUGGUUCAGCUAUCUGCGUGCUGCAACGAUGUUUUAAAUAAACUCGACGAUUGUAAAGCUAAUGACUUAGCCUGUGAAUGCUGUGCAUUACAAUCUAUGAAGAAGGAAUGUUAUGGCUUGUGCCCAGGAAAUCCUUCUAAUAAUUUUUUGACAGCAUUGUUUGAUGACUGUGCCAGUCUAAGUGAUAUCAAUGCAUGUAGUUUACCAUUUAGAAAAGAUGACAGCGUGCCAAUGGAAAAGAAUGGAAAUGAAAAGGUGGAAGAAGGUGAGGAUGAAGAGCCUACCAUACUUAAAUCUAAGGUUUCGAAUAAUGCAGAAGGGAAAAAAGAAUCUCAGGAGUCAAAAUCUGAAAAUGAAACAGUUGUAGAAGAUUUUGCGAACGAUUCCACUAUAUCCAAUACUCCAAGUGCUUCAUUAGCUCCUGCCUUGACUAAUAUUACAGAUUUGUAUAAUACUACAAAAGUUGCUAAAAAGGCUGACUCCGAAAGCUCUGCUGUAUCUAUUGGCUUUAAAUUAAGUUUAGUGAGCAUACUAUGCAUAUUGGCCGCUUCAAUUCAUAUAUUAACUUAA